AUGUGUCAGCGGGAGAUAGUUAAGAGGCUAAAGGAGCUGAAACAGAGAGAGUUUGCCCGGAACGUGGCCUCAAAGUCCUGGAAGGAUGAGAGGAAGCAGGAGCGAGCGCUGAAGCGCCUGUACCAGCUGGCCCAGCUCAGACAGCAGUCAGACAGCGAGAGGAGUCCCAGUCUGCCCCCUGUGACCCCUGUGGCUCCCAGCACGGAGGAGGCCCCCGAGGAGGAGCAAGGACCAGCGCCCCACACCACCUCCUCUCCAGCGCCCUCCACCCGCCCUCGCUCCCGCUCCAGCCCUUCAGCGCCUCUCUGGAGCCGCAAGGCGCCACCCUCCGCCGCCGCCUCUGCCCCCCUCUCCCUGGGCAGACCGUGCCGGCGGCCCCCUCAUCCCCCUCACGGCCCUCGCGUGGGCAUCUCCUUCUGCUUCUCGCGCCGCGCCGUGCCCAAGCUGGACUCCUGCGCCUCGGUGUUCGCCGACGCGCCCGACGACGAGUUCCAGAGGCCCGGAGGAAGGAGGCCCAGCCUCCACGCCCUCCCGUCCCACUCUCCUUCACCCUCCCACGGGCACGACGGCGACCUCGGCAGCCCCCUAAGGCCCCCAGAAAAUCUGGAAUUAAACGAGGCCAGGGCACGGCUGGAGGACACGAAAGAGAGGGAGAAGAGGAGGGAGGGACGGAGUGAUGAAACGGGAGAGAAAGACACCUCGUCGAGAGACGGCUCCUCUCACGCUCCGGAGUGUGUGUGUGUGUGUGCACAUGCUGACUCUAACCCAAGCAACUGUCACCCUCCCUGCGUGUGCGUGUGUGUGUGUGUGUGCGACCCAGAGAAACCCCACGCAGGACCUCAGAUGCACUCGACCCACAUUCACCCCCACAUGCACACAGCUCCUUCCCCCGAGCUGCAAGGACAGGAUGUUGAGGCGGAUCCUGUUUGGGACUCAGCAGAGGCGGGGGGACAAGGGCACCUGUGUAAAUCAGGCUGCCACAGCUCCGAGGAGGAGGAGGAAGAGGAGGAGGAGGAGGAGGAAGGCUCAUUCAUCAGUGUCCUGGCGAAAGACGGAGGGCCGUCUCUCAGGUGGCCCUUGGAGCUGCUGGGCUACACACACACGGAGCCCCAUCUGCCCUACAGCUGCAACCCCUGCCACGCUCAGACGCACACACUCCGCCUCUACACACACCGGGAGGACGCACACACACGCCACAGUACCCCCGCCGAGACGGAGGAGGAAGACGAGGAGGAAGACAUGGGAUUGGGAUGCCGAGAAACGGAGGCCGUGUUUGUGACGGCGGAACCCGAGCGGCCAUCGCCUCCGGCCAGGCCCAAGCGCCGCCGCAAGCACAGCGGGAGGAAGACGAAGGGGGCGGCGGCGGCGGCAGACACGAACACAACGUGUGACAAAGGACAGCGAGGAGGACCGCACGCGAGGAGGAAGAGGAAGAGAGCCGCAGCGGAGGGGGUGAGUUCCAGCCGGGUUGCCAUGGCGACGCCGGAGCCUAGCCUGAGGAGCGUGGUGGUGAAGUCGUUCUCCGCUCCGCCGAGCAAGCGGGGCGAAACGAGACGCCGCGCGGAGAGAAGGGUGGCGAAGGCUCUGCGCCUCGAGCGAUGGACGCCCUUCUCCCCUGAACCCGCCUCCGGCUGCUCGGCGACGACGGCUGACGACCACAGCUGGAGUUACGACUUUGACGUCUAUAAACAAGAUGACAGCUACAAGGUAACGCCCAGAGACAGGCACAGUUAUGAAGACCGAGAGACAGAUAUGCGCUGCGAGGCGUGGGAUGACCCCGCAUGUGACGACCCUGCAUGGGAUGACCCCCAAUGGGAUGACCCCUCACCCGCCCGGGUCAUCUUUCGGCCUUCCUGGAGUCGAGGCAACAGUCAGCCUCGUUCUUACAUCUGUGUACCGAGCUACAACCCAGGCUUCAGGCACUGUAGGGACAGCCUCAACAGACACUUAGUCCCCGGGAGGAGGUGUGAGAACAGGACACUUAGUCCCGGGAGGAGGUGUGAGAGCAGGACACUCAGCCCAGGGAGGAGGUGGCACAGGCACAGGGAAAGCAGAGAGAGGGACUACAUGAGGCCCAGGAGUCCCAGACUAAGGGGAGGACCGUGGGCCUACAGCCCCAGAGAGGUGAGCCUGGAUCGGGAGGAGGAGGAGGACGCGCGGCACAGCCCCGGUUCCACGCGGAGCGCCGGCUCCUCCACCAACACCAGCAUCUCGGAGCUCAGCUCCGACUGGGGCGCUGCUGCUGCUGGACAUGUUGGCCGGUGCUCGGGCAGAACCACCACGCAGGGCGCUGCCAACCAGCGGGCGGCGCCACGGCGAUCAGGUCCAGCCGCCCACGGAGAUAAACACGCGGCAACCACGCCACCAUCGCUCAUGCCCACGAAGAGAGACACAGAGGGGGGUUGUCAGCCAGACAAACGUGCCCACUUUGUGAGGAGACAUUUGGCGGGAUGGAGCUGUGGCAGCGGCGGCGGUAGCAAAAGAGACUCGGGCGCAGGGGGGCGGCGAGCGAGAGAGGAUCUGCCCACACAAGCGCUCGCACGCGCAGCAGCCGACCCAGCGGGAGGGGUGCCCCCGGAGGACAAAACCCUGGAAGUAACGAGAACAAACGGCGCGCUGUCACACAACAAGCACAACGCCCACGCACGCUGCCGCGCUCCAGUCAAGCACACGCCGCUGUUGCCGCUGAUAGGGAAGCAGCCCGCGGUGAGGAGGGCGCUCGGCAAAGCAGCCAGCCACAAAGUCAAGAGAGGCUUCCGGAAAGAUCCGCUGCACGCCGGUGCAGACAGCAGCAAGCUCAUCGGCAGGGAAAGGAAAAGAAUAAGCCCCCUGGAGAACGGGGGAGAGACCAUGAUCAAUUCCCCCACUGACGUGACCUCUCUGCAGGCUUGUGUACGACCCACGUCCCCCUCCACAUCGGAUAGAGCCACAGCUGAACGUACUUCAAUCACCACGAUUACCUCUCUACAACAGGAAAGAUCUCCAUCCCCUAAACACGACGACAUCACGCCUCGAUCCGCCCAAUCAGACCGGGAGGAGGAGGGCAGGGGUCACAGAGACCCCGCCCCUCCUCUGAGUGAGCAGCCAAUCAUGUUUAGCGCGGAGGAGAUUGACAAGUACAGGCGCCUACAGCAGCAGGCCAGGCAGCACAUGCAGAGUCAGCUGCAGCAGGUGCCCGCCGAGGUGCCCAUGGACAUGCCCUCGGCCCCUGCCAUCUCUUUGCCCCUCAACACUCCUUCCACCGGUAUGCCCGUGGUGAUAGCGCCCACGGUGAUAGCGCCCAUGGUGAUAGCGCCCACUGAUCUAGGCUCUGUGCUAGCAACCCCCAGCUCAGGGUAA